AUGGCAUCGCGCUGUCUGCUAUCUCCGUUCAGAACGGAUAGCGACUCCGUUGCUGACUGGUAUCUUCGUGGUCGUUGUUGUACUGCUACGCCCUCAGCUGGCAGGGGCGAUGAGCAGGUUCUGAUCGCCAACUUUUCGCAGUCUGCCUCAGUCACCCAACAGCCUGCGCGGCCCUUGGUUACCCGGGCUACGGUCGAGCGGCUAGAAGAUCAGAUCUAUGAAUUGUAUGAACGAACGAAACUGUCUGAAGUCGGACUGAAAAUUCGUUUCUUUCUUGCAUCAGCCAUCGAGGAAAUAUUUCGCCCUUUUUUCCCAUCGGCCAUAUGUAAACCAUUCGGUUCAUCAGUGAACGGCUUCGGCCGGCGCGGAUGUGAUUUAGACGUCGAUAUACAGUUAUACAACGAGCCUUAUUUGGACGUUCAUGCUACAAAGUCCAAUGGUCAGUUUUUCUAUUGUUGCAAACAGAAGCCAAAAGAAUCUAGGCAUUUCGUACAAAAUACGCUCUCGACAAUUGGAGACGUGUUGAACGAAUUCAUGCCAUGUUACGGCGAUGUACAGAAAAUUUUAAGGGCUCGAGUUCCCAUUAUCAAAUUCAACCAUGGAAUAUUUGGUCUAUCUUGCGAUAUGACGGUGGAAAACAAGAGCGGAUACAAGGCAGCGAAAGCGUUGUGGAAUGUGUGCCAACUGCAUCCGUCUAUAGGACCAAUGUUGUUCUUCAUUCGUCACUGGGCCAAGGAAGUGGGCAUCACCCAUGAAACACCGGGCAUAUGGCUGACCAACUUUCAGAUCAUCUGUUUGCUGAUAUUUUUUCUUCAGCGCCACUCGCCGUCUUUGCUGCCGUCGUUGGACCGUCUGGAAAAAAGGAUGACCUUGCCGCCCUCGUCACCAUCACCGGAAGUGUUUCAGCUGAUCCAAGAAUUUUUCUACUUCUAUGCCCAUCAAGUGGAUUACCGCAAGUACGGUCUUGAUCUGAAUACUGGUACCCUAGUUGAAAAGAAAGACUCAUCGCUGCUAUAUAUCCGCAACCCGUACGAGUCUGGUCAUAAUAUCACCCGAAACUUGAGCUCGGACGAAUGGCUGAAUACUUUGCUGUCAAUGGAUACUGCACUGCGCCUAUGUGAGAAAGCAGAUGCUAUGUGUCGGAGGCGAGGCUCCCGUAACGGUGAUUGGGGCCUGUUGACGUUGUGCAACCCAGUGUUUUACCAGGAAAGGAAAAAGCCAUCCAUCGCUUCCGCCGCUGAAGAGGUGGCUCAGUCGUUCAGUGUUGAAGAUGUGCUAUCCCCUGACGCGACAGAAACAGCGACCGCUGUGCCAACGAAUGCCAGUUCCAGAAUUGCUGCCUCCAUGAACAAUUUACAAAAGGCUAAUUUGUGCUGA